GUGUGUGCUUCCUGUUCCAGUUUGUUUAGUCACAGGUCUGAAUUAGAUCUCUGUUAGUUGGUUUCAUUUACUAUAAACAAGCCUUGUGCUUUGUUUCAAUACAUCAAAGCCCAUAGCCAGGCACAGGCAGAAACCGCAUGUAACUUUAAGUCAGAAAAAGGUAAAAUGUGGCACUUCUUUAACCGGCAUUACCGCUGCCUCGGGGUCACUGGAUCAGGCAAAGAUGUAGGCUCCUCUCCCUGCUAUGCUAACGCCAGCGAUGCUCUCCUUCAGGAUUUAUCAAGCUGUGAAUGAGUUUGUCACCAUGACUGCUGAGGACUCCACUGCAAGGAUGAACAACGAUUCCUCCAAUGUGACUACCACAAAAGUGCCUGAAGGCGUUGCCGGCGCACCCAAUGAGGCAGCACUGCUGGCCCUCAUGGAGCGCACUGGAUAUAACAUGAUCCAAGAGAAUGGGCAACGCAAGUAUGGUGGCCCUCCACCUGGCUGGGAGGGCCUGCACCCUCCUCGUGGCUGUGAAGUCUUUGUAGGCAAAAUCCCUCGCGAUGUCUAUGAAGAUGAGCUCGUCCCUGUGUUUGAGUCCGUUGGCCGCAUCUAUGAAAUGCGUCUGAUGAUGGACUUCGAUGGGAAAAACCGUGGCUACGCCUUUGUGAUGUACACACAGAAGCAUGAGGCAAAGCGUGCUGUAAGGGAGCUGAACAACUAUGAAAUUCGACCUGGCAGGCUGCUAGGUGUAUGCUGCAGCGUGGAUAACUGCCGACUCUUCAUUGGAGGCAUUCCCAAGAUGAAGAAGAGAGAGGAGAUCCUGGAAGAGAUCGCCAAGGUGACAGAAGGCGUGCUUGAUGUCAUUGUGUAUGCCAGUGCCGCAGACAAGAUGAAGAACAGAGGCUUUGCCUUUGUUGAGUAUGAGAGUCAUCGAGCAGCAGCAAUGGCCAGGAGGAAACUCAUGCCGGGAAGGAUCCAGCUGUGGGGACACCAAAUUGCUGUUGAUUGGGCAGAACCAGAGAUAGAUGUGGAUGAAGAUGUCAUGGAGACUGUUAAAAUCCUCUAUGUGAGGAAUUUAAUGAUUGAGACCACAGAGGACACAAUUAAAAAGGUCUUUGGGCAGUUUAACCCUGGCUGUGUAGAGCGGGUGAAAAAAAUACGUGAUUAUGCUUUUGUGCACUUUACAAACAGGGAAGAUGCCAUUCACGCCAUGAACAACCUUAAUGGUGUUGAACUGGAAGGCUCGUGCCUGGAGGUUACUUUGGCCAAGCCAGUAGACAAGGAGCAAUACACUCGCUACCAGAAAGCAGCAAAAGGAGGGGCUGCAGCAACGCCUGAAAUAACUCAGCAACCUAAUUAUGUUUACUCUUGUGAUCCAUACACACUAGCAUAUUAUGGAUAUCCAUACAAUGCCUUGAUUGGGCCCAACAGAGAUUACUUUGUGAAAGCAGGCAGCAUACGAGGCAGAGGGCGAGGUGCAGCUGGCAACAGAGCUCCGGGCCCCAGGGGCUCCUACCUGGGGGGAUACUCCGCUGGCCGUGGCAUCUACAGCAGGUACCAUGAAGGCAAAGGAAAACAGCAGGAGAAAGGCUACGAGCUGGUACCCAACUUGGAGUUACCUACGGUCAAUCCGGUGGCCAUUAAGCCUGGUGCAGUGGCCAUCCCUGCCAUUGGUGCCCAGUACUCCAUGUUUCAAGCUGCACCACCAGCCAAGAUGAUGGAAGAUGGCAAAAUACACACUGUCGAGCACAUCAUCAACCCUAUAGCCGUCCAGCAGGACCCAGCUAGUGCAGCAGCUGCUGCAGCAGCUGCAGCUGCAGCUGUAAUACCAGCCGUCUCAACACCUCCCCCUUUCCAGGGCCGCCCCAUCACACCAGUAUACACCAUGGCUCCCAAUGUGCAGCGGAUCCCUGCUGCUGGGAUUUAUGGGACAAGUUAUGUGCCAUUUGCGGCACCCGCUGCAGCGACAGCAACGAUAGCCACACUACAGAAGAACGCUGCAGCUGCUGCUGCCGCCGCUGCCGCUGCCUACGGAGGAUACACUGGCUAUAUUCCCCCAGCAUUCCCAGCUGCAACCAUCCAGGUCCCCAUCCACGACGUCUACCAGACGUAUUGAGACUAUAGGCAGAGGAGGAAAGUGGAGAAAUACAUACUGAAGGAACACUUUACUAUUUAUGAAGAAAGAAUCAGCUGCGAAAAAGUAAACGGUUGGGCUCAGUAAACUGAUGCAGAAAGUGAAGCAUGUCAGAGAAAAACGUGUUUGAAAUAUUUUCUACGCUUGAAGUUUUCACUAACUUUUUUUAGGCUAUUUUUAAAAUUUAACACGUCUGUAUUCAUACAUUUCUAAAGGACCUCGUUGCAUCCAGCCCACUGCUGACAUGCAUUUAUACGCAUCCUAGUGGGGUUGCAUAGGGUCUUUAUUUUUUUUUUUAGCAGUUAUAUUUUCAAUAUAUUUGUGGUAUGAAGGUUAUUUUUUAGUAACUUCUGCACUCCAGAGAUGUCUAUUUUGUAGUGCCUUUAAUAAUGUAUCAACUAUAUAUUAAAAAGCACACCUGAGCAGCUAGGGAAAGUUUUAGCAAUAUAUUUUGAAGAAUAUAUUCAAUAUUUAAAGAGUACAUACCAUAGAUUUUUUUUUUUUAAGAAAAAGAAAACAACAUGUAUCUUAUUUAAAAAAAUUAUACUGGAAAGUGCAAUUUGAAAAACGUGCAAGACCUCUGCAUUUUUUUGUGCUGGCAUUAAUACAAUCUGCUCGUUCUUAUUUGAAAUCAGAAGUAACUAAUAUUGCCUGCUUGGGAGAAAAAGAAAAUAAAGAAAGACUCCUCACACAAACCUCUUCACAGUGUGAUGUGCAGGCUUACAUUCAGUAAAGGAAAAGCUCUGAGUUUUCCUUAACAACUGGAUUUGCUAUUUAUUGAAGCUACUCAUAGUCAGAGCACGUGCAGAAAGGAGUAGCAAAUAUUUUGCACGAGGUGUCUUGACUUAGAUCUUCAUCCAGUAUAAGGCCUAAGCUCUUUUUCAAUGACUUUUAUUUUAUUCUUUGAAGUAUAUGUUGUAGUGACUGAGAAUGUAUGCUGUUGUCGGUGAGAGCAGGUGCGCUCUUGCCGAGAGGAUGAGCAGCGUUACUUACCGAUUGCUCCAUCAUGUUCCACGAGAAAUUUCCGAGUCACUAGGGGUGGUAGUGGUACUGGAAUUAGUGAAACAGAGCUAGCCUCCCUCCCAGCCUCCCUUCCACGCUUAUUUCCCCUUUUCCACAACUGGAGUUUUACAUGCACAUCAAGGGGUGGGAGCAAUUAGACCUGGUGAUUUUAAGACAUAGAGCUUGUAAAUAUCUUUUAAUAUACAUUUUUAAAGUCAUUUUAUGUUUCAAAUUUACAUGGUAUGUGGUUUGCCACAAAACAAAAACCUUUUAUUGCGAUGUUAUAAAAAAGUUUGUUUUAUUAAGAAGUAAAUAUAUUAUUGCAGUGUUUUGUGGCCUGUUUAAAGGCUUUUGUUUAGUAGUGCAGUGAAUGUAAAAUAUAGUAAAAUGGUAAAGAAAUAUCUUGCCCAUAGUAUGAAUUGCAUCAGCCCUGCAAACAUGCAAACACAGCUUUGGUGAAAUGAGGUGCAAAGCAGGGAGUGAAUAAACAA